AUGGCCUCCCUCAGCCCUCCCUCAUUUGGGCUAUCAUUUGUGCAUCUGUGGCCAUCUGCGGUAAACUGUUCUCUCUCAUGUGGCCGAGUUGAGGCCGCUUCGUGUGUGCCGUGCUCGGCGAGACCUCACACUCCCGACCCACCCUCUGGCGUCACCUCCACCACCGGCCGUCUUGCAAGUCUGCAACCCGUCACGUCGGGUCCUAUUGGUGUUCGCGUGAUUCGGGUUACUCCCCCACCCCGUGUCUCGCCUUGCAGACAUUUGCAGACAACCAAACACAAGCUAACACUCGAAACACAAAUGACUGCGUUGUCACGCCCAUUUGUCAUUAAUCAAUUCCCCUUCAUUCUUCGUGCCGCAUGGUCGCGCCUCUGGCUGCCUCCAUCUCCAUCUUCGUCCCCAUCCCCAUCCCCAUCCCCAUCCUUGUCCUCGUCUCCGCCUUCCGAGGUACUUUUCUCCCACCCUGACCCGACCACACGUCAUGUCACCGUCACACCAACCGACUGGCUGAACCAACUUGAGUUGACUUGA